CGUUCCCCGACAUCGAAUCUUUCCCAUCUUCGACAGCCGACAACCCGCCCUAUCUUCGACACCGCUUCCUCGUCGAACAACACCGCAAUAAUGGCCACCGAGUUGACCGUCCAGUCGGAGCGCGCUUUCCAGAAGCAGCCUCACAUCUUCCUUAACACCAAGGCCAAGGCUUCCUCCAAGAAGUCCGCCCAGGGCCGCCGCUGGUACAAGGAUGUCGGUCUCGGUUUCCGUACCCCCAAGGCCGCCAUUGAGGGUACCUACAUCGACCACAAGUGCCCCUUCACCGGUACCGUGAGCAUUCGCGGCCGUGUCCUCACCGGAAAGGUCGUCUCCACCAAGAUGCACCGUACUCUGGUCAUCCGCCGUGAAUACCUUCACUACGUCCCCAAGUACAACCGUUACGAGCGCCGCCACAAGAACCUCUCCGCUCACGUCUCCCCCGCUUUCCGUGUUGAGGAAGGUGACACCGUCACUGUCGGCCAGUGCCGUCCCCUCUCCAAGACUGUUCGCUUCAACGUGCUCAAGGUUCUCCCCGCCAAGCAGAAGGCCGUCAAGUCUUUCGCCAAGUUCUAA